AUGCCGAAGAACGCACAUCCGCCCCGCGGCAAGCCUGCGGAGAAGGUACCUCCGCACGAGGAAGACACCAGUUACAUCGUUUUCGGUGACGGAAAGCCAAAGAAGAAGAAGGGCGGGAGCUCCGCUCAGAGUGACGACAAGGGCAAGGGGAAGGGUGCUGCUGGACAGGCUGAGGAUGGACCUAAGAAGCCUGACACAAGGACCCUGAUCGCAGGAGCAUCGUGGACGGGCAAGCUACCAGUCAACCUGUUCUCAGAGCACCUUCAGAAACAGCAGUGGGGGAAGCCAGACUACAGAAUACGCAAAGAUGGUGACAAGCACUUCGCAUACGCUGUCGUCUUGUCAAAGAAGAACCCCAAGACACAAGAAGUCACGACUCUGCCUCCGAUCAAGAUUCCCGCCGAACUCGAAAAGCCCGCCCAUCAGCCCACCGCUGUAGAAGCCCGCAACUUCGCCGCCGCUUACGCUCUCUUCCGCGUCGCGAGUGCGAAGAACCUGCAUAUGAUGCUGCCUCCCGUAUACAAGGACUUGUGGAAGGGAACGUUCCAAGAGCUCAAGAAGAGAGACGAAAAAGAGGGUAAGGCUUGGAUGUACGAGGCAGAUCCCUUCUUCGGCUUUGCGGAACGAGAAAAGGCCAAAGCAACUGCUGCGAAAGAGCGAGAGAAGAAGCAGAAGCAGCGAGAUGAGGCGCAGAAAGCGCACAACCUCAAGCCUGGUAUGUCUAUGCCGAAUGCUGAAGGCUCGUGGACGGGCCCCGCGAAGAACUUGAUGAGAGGCUGGGAGCGGGUGCCGAAGAUUGAGCUUGGGAAGAGGACACGGCAGCAGGUCGAGCGCCUUAUCCGGCGUGAUGCACUCUGGAACCCCAAUGGCAUUCACAUGGACUUGAACACCAGAAUACGGCUCGAGGACGAGAUCACAGAUCUUGGGUUCCGUCGAAGCCACGUUGAGGAAGCUGCCGACAUAUGCAAAGACCGAGAAGAGAUUCUCGAAUGGCUUCUAAUCCAUGUUCCUGAAGACGACCUGCCCUCUUGGAGUUUGCCUGAAGGCUACGUUGCCGGCGUGAGCAUGGCGAGUUCCAAUCUGAAGCGAGAGGGCGCAGUCAAGCGCUUGGCAGCGGCAGGCUAUUCGACCGAGCUCUGCGAAGAGGCUUAUGACAGUCAGGGUGGAGACGAGAGGAGAGCUGCUGCAUUGCUUCAAGCUCGCCUGUUGCGCCCAGAUGAUGACGACAAAGACAUUUCGCAGGAACUGGCAGACGUUGCCAUCGCAGAGGAGCCAGAGGAGCUGCUGGAAGACGACCCUUGGGAGACCGAAAUGUCUUCCUUGGAAGCCAUCUACGACAGGCUGUUCUCCCGACCAUCACCUACAAUGUGCCGCGUUGAACUUGACAUCAAGCAACAAGGGAAACGCCUUAUCUUGCAGGCUAGAAAACCGUACGGUCCUUACCCUGGUGUCACUCCCAUCAUCACUUUCGAGGCAGCUAUUCCUGCCUACAUCCGUCUCAGCAUCAUUAGGAAGGCGCUUCUAAAUGCCGAGGAGAACUUCAUCGGAAUGCCGAUGAUCUACGACAUCAUAGACUGGGUGCAGCAGAAUGCAGGCGAAAUCUUCAAGAACCCUGGCCGAUUAGCCGAUGUGUCGUCUGGCCUUGCUGCAGCAGAUCACUCGGUAGAGCCGCAGAAUCAAGCGAAGAAGAGGAGAGAUAGAGGUCGCCGGCCGAUCGACUGGAAGCCAGCCACACCUGCCAGUCAGCACGUUCUUGCCGACUGGCAAGCCCGGCAAGAAACAUCGGCUCAGCAGAAGAUGAUGAGUGCUCGACAGUCACUCCCAGCCUGGAAGCUGAGAGACGAUAUUGUUCGAACAGUCAACAGGUGCAGCGUCACCAUCAUCUCAGGUGAAACUGGUUCCGGUAAAUCGACACAGUCUGUGCAAUUUGUAUUGGACGACCUAAUCCAAAGGCAGCUAGGUGCUGUUGCAAACAUCAUCUGCACGCAACCGCGAAGGAUUUCCGCCCUUGGUCUUGCUGAUCGUGUAGCCGACGAAAGAUGUGCUCGAGUCGGCGAUGAGAUCGGUUACACCAUUCGUGGCGAGUCAAAACAGAAACCUGGUGUAACCAAGAUCACCUUCGUCACAACCGGUGUUCUUCUACGACGCCUUCAAACAUCUGGCGGAGGCGCUGACGAUGUUGUCGCUGCCCUUGCUGAUGUCAGUCACGUCGUCGUUGAUGAAGUGCACGAGCGCAGCCUUGACACCGACUUCCUCCUUGUCCUUCUCCGACAGAUACUGCGCACCAGGAAAGACCUGAAGGUCAUCCUGAUGAGUGCGACACUGGACGCUGAUGUAUUUGAAGCUUACUUCAAGGAUGUAGGGCCUGUAGGCCGUGUCGAGAUCGCUGGUCGGACACACCCUGUAACAGACUACUACAUCGACGAUGUCAUGCACUUCACGGGUUUCAGGGGCUACGUUGGCGAAGAUGAUGAGCCGCAAGACAAGUCUUUCUCUGCAAAUCUCCGCAGCAUUGGCUUCGGCAUCAACUAUGAUCUCAUUGCUGAAACCGUUCGCCACAUUGAUCACCAGCUCGGAGACAAAGAUGGCGGCAUCUUGAUUUUCCUGCCCGCUGGCAAGAGAAAGGUCAUUGCAGCGACCAAUGUGGCAGAGACCUCAAUCACGAUUGAGGAUAUUGUCGCGGUCAUCGACACUGGUCGCGUCAAGGAGACGAGCUAUGACCCACAGAAUAAUAUGGUUCGACUUGCAGAGACGUGGGCGUCGAGAGCGGCAUGCAAGCAGCGUCGUGGUCGAGCAGGUCGUGUGCGGGCUGGCGACUGCUAUAAGCUGUAUACACGCAACGCUGAGGCCAAGAUGCUGGAACGUCCCGACCCUGAGAUCAGGCGCGUUCCUCUAGAGCAAAUGUGUCUCUCCAUCAAGGCUAUGGGUGUGCAGGACGUCUCAGGCUUCCUCGCAUCGGCUCUUACGCCACCCGAAAGCACCGCAGUCGAAGGUGCGGUCAAACUGCUGUCACAGAUGGGAGCAAUUACCGACAAUGAGCUCACUGCUCUCGGCCGUCAUAUGUCUAUGAUCCCUGCUGAUCUACGUUUGAGCAAGCUGCUCGUCUACGGCGCAACAUUCGGCUGUCUCGAGGCGGCACUCACCAUUGCAUCAGUAUUGACUGCUCGCAGCCCCUUCAUCUCGCCCCGCGAAAGGGAUCAGGAUACUAGGAACGAGUUCAACCGCAUCCGCGCAUCCUUCUCGGACAAUCAAGGAGAUCUCCUCGUUGACUUACGUGCCUACGAACAAUGGUCCGCUUUCCGCAGCAAAGGCGUCUCUGCCCGCGACCUCAAAUUCUGGUGCCAGGACAACAAGCUCAAUCUCCAAACCUUGUUCGACAUACAAUCCAACCGCUCGCAGUACCUCUCAUCCCUUAAAGAAAUCUCCUUCAUACCGUACAACUACACCUCAAACAAUACCUCAACCCAUGGCACGUAUAACGCGCAAAACGGCAACGACGCCCUCUUGCGCGCCCUCGUCGCCGGCUCCUUCAACCCACAAAUUGCACGCAUCCAGCUCCCGGAUAAAAAGUUCGCUGCCGGUAUUGCCGGUGCCGUUGAGCUUGAUCCCGAGGCUAGGGAGAUCAAGUACUUCAACCAAGAUAACGGACGCGUCUUCGUUCAUCCCUCCUCCACACUCUUCUCGAGCCAGACCUUCCCGUCAAACGCCAGUUUUGUAGCCUACUUCAACAAGAUGGCGACGAGCAAGGUGUUCAUCAGAGAUAUCACGCCGUUCAAUGCGUAUAGUUUGCUUAUGUUUGCGGGACAGAUUCAGGUCGAUACGCUGGGCCGCGGUCUUGUGAUAGACGAGUGGAUACGUUUGAGAGGUUGGGCCAGGAUUGGUGUGUUGAUUUCGAGAUUGAGGGGGAUGUUGGAUCAGGUUCUCGAGAGGAUGGUGAAGGAGCCUGGGAAGGGUAUGGGGGAUAGGGAGGCGGAUGUUGUGCAAGCAGUGCGGAGGCUAGUCGAAAGAGACGGGUUGGACGCUUAGAC